GGUUGGGCGAGUAUAUGAGACGCGGCGCGGCGAGAUCGGCAGUUGUUUGUGGCUUGCGCGCACGGUCGGUCGCGGGUGUAUAGUACAGGAUACAGUGAUGAAGUGGUUAGUUCUGUCGUGUUUUCUACUGUGGGCGAGGCAUGGGGAAGGGGGUGCGCUGAAAUGUUUACCAGAAGACGAUGCGUGCUCUUCGCAACUAUCACAACAAGUAGAACAACAAGAAAUGGAUAUCCGACGGCCGACUUCAAGCGACGCGCCUGCUGAGUGCCUGUCUGGCAGCGAAUGGGACAGCAACUGCCACAGCUGCCGCUGCGUGGCAGGGGAGGCGCAGUGCGUGCGGCAGUCCGGGUGCCAUUCUAUCGAGGAGCCGAUCCGCUGCAAACCUAACACCACGUUCGAGCGCGACUGCAACACGUGUCGCUGCUUGGAGAACGGACUGGGAAUUUGCACUAUCAUGGAAUGUGCGAGUGUUACUACAGAAGCAGCACCAUCGAAGCCGAUUAUACCUAAGGGCGUAGACUGCGCCCCGGGCACCACUUGGCAGAGCCAAUGUAACGAGUGCGUCUGCUCACCAGAGGGCCGGCGGUACUGCACGGACAAGGCUUGCCCUGGACAGGAGACAGAACCUCUCCUGCGCUGCGCGCCGCAGAGCCAGUGGAAGAACGACUGCAACAUGUGCUGGUGCAACUCCGGCCGCGCCAUGUGCACAAAGAUGGGCUGCAUGGGCAUUCCUAGUGAGAUGCAUUUCGACGACAGAAAAGGUGCUGAGACAGUAGAAAUCCCGGAACCGGCCACUAAAUCCGCAAAAAACGUCACAAAAAAAGUUUGCGUGGAGAACCGAAUGUUCAUAAUGAACUGUAACACCUGCUGGUGCAACGAGGAUGGAACCAGUUACUUCUGCACGCGCAAAGUGUGCUUGCCUGCAGAUGAGCCGGUGGUUGAAGAGGGAACUGAGUUUCUCCCUCAGCAGAAACUCCGGACCAUAAAGAAAGAAUGCCGUCCAGGUGAAGUCUUCGAGAUCGACUGUAACAUGUGUCACUGCAACCCUGAUGGGAAGUCGUUCUCUUGCACACGUCGGGCUUGCUUCGAGGAGGACAAGAACCAGACACUAAUCAGAAAGACCAGAGCAACUCCGCAGGAGCCGCCAAAGAACUGCCAACCGGGCCAGGAGUUCCGCAUGGACUGCAACAAGUGUCUGUGCGACAACGAGGGGCAGAACUUCUCCUGCACCCGUAUCGACUGUACGGCGCUCAACAACAACAACAACAAUGGCAAUAGGAGAAAGAGAGACGUGUCGCAGAAAGUGUCAGCGGACUGCGUGCCGGGCAGCGUGUUCGAGCAGGGCUGCAACGUGUGCCGCUGCACCGAGGACGGCGGCCACGCCACCUGCACGCUGAAACGUUGUCAGAGCAAGGAGAACUCCACGCUUACCGCGACCGAGUCAAGCUUCCGCUGUAACCCCGGUGAGCAGUUCAAGCAGUCCUGCAACGACUGCAGCUGCUCCGCCGACGGCAAGAGCGUGUUCUGCACGCUGCUCGUCUGCGACGACGAGCUCUCGCCCUAAUAGUAUUACUGUGCGUACGCCCUUUGAACGCCAACGACGUCAUAUCACGACAUCUGACGCCAUGAGCAUUUUUAUUCCGAUGACGUCAAUUUACUGAAAUAAAUGACUGGACAGAGUGUUUCUAAUUCAAAUCAAAUAUAAGGACAUUUUAUUUACAAUAUACAUAAUGGAUAUAUACAGAGAAUUACUAUAACUAGCUUUAAUCUAAAAUAGGCCCUUGAGGCAUUGUACCAAGCGGCGGCAUUUCCUCGUUGUAUCACAAUGCUGGUGCGAGGAAGCCGUCAGCUCUUCGGUCACCAGUUACUACAACCAUACGCUUCGUGAAUCAAAUGAAAUCACUUUUAGCGUGAAUAUGGCGUUUGGCGUUCAGAGGGUUAAUUUAGCUACACCGAAUUCCUAUACAUGUCGAUUUCCAGAAAAUAUGUAGAAAUAAAACAAGAAAUGAUCGAUUUAUAUUGUGCCAAUGCAACUAAUAAAAAUAGGCUUUCCCAUCCAUGUACAGUACAGAACGUGGUAAAAUUUCCAUUAAUUUACAGCCCAUAAGUAUAGUGUAUCUUAGCACACCGAUUGCUAUUGUUAUAAUUAUGCGUUUGGAAAACAAUUGAAUACACAAGGUAAAUAAAAUUGUGUUUUAAUUAUUUAACAUUUAUUUCGAACAUGUCAAUUCACAUCUCUUUAACCGUUUGACCGCCAAAGACGUUAUGGAAACACCAAGACGUCAUUUGACGUCAAUUUAUUUGCGCUUUUGCGAUUAAAAGUUUAAAGCUGGCUAUGUUAAAUAAUGAAAAGGAUAUUUUUGUAAAUAAACCUUUUUAUCCACGCCGUAGGAAACUCGUUAAUAUUAUUCAUAACACCAAUGUUUCUACAUACAUAUAUAUUAACUAGUAAGUACUUAUCUAAUAAAGGUACGUCUGACACUGCAGCUUGUUAGUUUACAUUUGUUUUGUUUUAAUUUAACUAUUGUAAUUGAACUGUGUUACACAGAUAAGUAGUGAUUUAUAAGUGAUUUUAGAAGUUAUUUCUGAAAUAUUUACUACAUAGUCAGAAUGUCUAUAGAAUCGGUGUUUCGGAAACCAACUUAAGUCAGUAUUAAUGAUUAAAUUGACGUCCUUCGUUUUGUAAUAACCGAUUCUGUUAAUGUGUGCAUGUAUAACUAUUUUCAUUAAUGUGAUUAUAUAACAUUAAAUUAGAUAUGUAAAAACUUGUACAACUAUCCAGUUUUUUAAAGAUUGAGUUAAUAUUUGAAACGCCAAUAUUAACCGCUAGUUUAAAUAAUUAUUCAAAAAUGUCACUCAUACUUCAAACUUUGAACAGAAUAACCUUGCUCAAAAGCAUGGAGGUUAAGUUAAUAGCGGACACCUUAACUUACUUUUGUAUCACUUUUGUUAUAGAUAAUCACGAAAAGUUAACGCGUGUAGACGCAUGUUAACUGCUUACGUGUGUAUACUUUCUAGUUGUGAGUGGGUGACAUUUUUAAAUAUGUCGGUGGUUGAAAGAUUUUUUCUGUACGUUCAUUACUCAGUAGUAAAACGUUAUGUAAAGGCCUGGAUUGAGAAUAAAGACAAAAUACAUUGAGCUUAAAAAACAUUUAUCUUAAUACACACUAUGUCUUACUCUCGGGAUGGGAAAAUUAGUUAAAAAACUCGAAAUAAUAUACUGAAUAAAUGUGUUUUUAUUUUUUUAUUUAAUUAAUUAAAAAAUAAUAGUUAAUGAUACAGUAUCGUUAGUAUCACUACACCUAGGAGCGCCCUCAGCAGUGAGAAUUUUAUAAUUUAAUAUUUUUUCCGCCAGACGUUAUAUCACGUCUACGGCAAAUCACGGUUCAAACUAUUAUUUCAUUCAAUAAUAACUCUCGUCAAAUAAUACCAAGCAUGCUCUGGUUCUGUAAUAUCUACUAUUUUAAAUGAGUUACUGUGUAUUAAACCAAGAGUCUCCAAACUACGGUCCGCGGGUCGAAAAUGGCCCAUACCAUAUCGCACGAAUAUACAAAAUCGAUAGGGAGGCAGAUGACGAAAUUUAGAUGUUCCCGUGCUUCCAUUAAAAGUGGAGGCCUGGCUGCGACCCACGCUCAAAAAGUUUGGGGACCCCUGAUAUAAACCUAUUGUCUUUGUGUCCAUUAAUUCGAUAUCCAUGGUCUUAUAAAAGGUAGUGAUCAAAUUCGUUUUAUAAGCGGCUGACUUCGUACAAUUCGUACCCAAUAUGUAUUAGAAUAAUUAAUUACAUAAUACUUAAGUUUUGAAUUGCUAGGAAAUAAAAGUUUUCAAUUCAC